GGUCGCGCCCCACCUGCGUCAUCCUGUUCCGCUCGACACAUCAAGUGACACCGGAGCGGUUCGGGGCUCAAGUAGACCAAGACCAGCCACGACAGGUUAGACACCACCGCCACUGCUUCCAUCGUGCCACCAGAUACCGUCCUCCCAGUCGCACGUGGCUGCUUCAGUCUCCAAUUCCCCGACAGCUACGCGGAGCUCUUCGUUUUCUUAUUCGCGACUAAGCAGAUGGACUCUUCGGCCUCCACGAGCGGCUCCAGCGCUGUCGACGUCAACAACACCAGCAACAGCGUCGACUCGGUCGCUGGCGUUAUUACCGGCGACUCGGACAAGUCUGUGAGCUCGAACACUGGCGACUCGUGCACGUGGUACGAUGACGGCGAGUGCACGCGGCCGCGCACGUGCUCCGACUGUCUGAACGUGCUGUUAUCGACGGACUCGUGCGCUGUGGACCCGCACGGCGUCUGUGUGAGUAUGAGCGACUACGCGAGCUACCUGGCCAACCGAUACUACUACACGCCACUGCAGCGGUACUUCCCAGCUAGCGAGUACACGUACUGCAGCGCGAACGACUCGGUCUGCGCCACGUGCAACGAGCAAUGGAACGCUAACUUUGCCAGUACAGGAAGUGCCGGUAUGUCUUCGUAUUGUACGGGCACAGACGGCUGCGUUUGCAUUGCAGACUGUGAGAUUCCGGACUGGCAGGACUCAGUAAUCAACGACCAAUGCACUGCAGACGGCAGUGGAUCGGGAGCGGACUCUGGUUCGUCCAUGGCGACACGAAUCACAGUGUCGAUCUUUGUGGGCGUCGCGGUGGCGGUAUUCCUCGCCUUCGCGACGUGGGGAGUGCGUCGAUUCGUUAACCGUAGGCAAAAUGGACUGGAAGUUAUUUACCGCGAAACACGCACGAGACCGCGACCGCCUCCGAAGGGACCGCAGCUUUCGUUGUCAGGAUGGAAGUCGCUGCGGCAGAACCUCAUCGACUCUGAGCACGGAUUUAUUGGUACCAGCGAAGCCGUGACACUGCAGCGCAAUGCUCAGGGGUCUUUCGCACCAGCUACGACUGAGAAUACUCCGGAGAUUGUAGUUGAACAAGGCGAGGGAUUCCGUCCAGCGUCGCCUGGAGAACUUGAACAACACACACAGGAAACGACGCAACAAGAGAGAACGGCACUAUAAAACUAUUGACAACCCACGGUUUUAGUAGUAAUAACGACGGCGAGGGUAUUAGCUAUCAGCGUGGAGUCUUCACUGUCGCCAUCUAAGGGUAAAAUGUAAUUAUGAUCACUUGUACUUCUCGUG